AUGGUUUCUAACUCAAACACAUGGCGACCUUUUUACAAUCUUUAUAAUACAGAUACGAUGACCAAUGAUUUUGAUCAUGAUUGUUUCUAUUCACCACUAACUCAAAAUAUCGAUUUAGAUGAAAAAACUUAUAUAAUUGAGCAAAUUGUUGAAUAUUGUAUUCGAUCAUCUCCGACGGAAAUAAUCGAUGUUAAUGAAAAAUCAAUAUCAUCUAAAUUAACUUUUGAUGAAUUAAAAAAGAAUAAUAUAACUUCUACAAAUCUAUUGGAAUGGUCGAGUCCUAUUGAUCUUAUCGAACGUUACGAAUACUUUCUGCAAAUGAACACAAUUUCAUCAACUGAAGUAUUUUAUAAUUGUACUCUACCAUGGUUUGGAUCAAUUUGUCAAUAUAGAUUUGUUUUAAAUCAAUCAUUUUCAUCUUUUAUUCAAAUGAGAAUUGACGAGCGUAAAUUGUUCAAUGAAAAUACGACAUUAACGUGUUAUAUACAUAUGAAAUGUGACAAUCAUUCAUUUUUAACCUGCCUUGAUUGGCGUGAAAUAUGUGAUGGCAAAGUGAACUGUCUUGAUGAUGGUGAAGACGAAAAAUAUUGUGCUGAACUUGAAAUGAAUCAAUGUGAAGAAAACGAAUAUCAAUGCCGAAAUGGUAUGUGUGUGAAUAAAGAAUUCUUUUCAGAUGAAGAUACUUCACUGAUUAGUAUCCAUAGUCCAGAGUGUUUGGAUGGAUCGGAUGAAAUUGCUUUUAAAAAGAACAGUUUCUGUGGAAGAGACCCAUCUUUUAGAUGUGAAGAUACUCUCUGUCUAAAAUACACAGAUUUUAACUGCGGAGAUGGAUAUUGUUAUGAUUUGGCUGGAUCUCGAGUAUUAUCCUGUGAAAAUAAUCGAGAUCGAGUAUUAAACUAUCUAUUUGAUUGGGACAAUCUUGUGGAUACACUAUAUCCUCGUUGUUUCAAAACUCUUAUGUGUGUAUCAUACCCAACCUUAUCAAGGAACUUUGAUAAAUAUUGCAAAAGCUUGUGUAAUAAUACGCAAGAAUGUAAAAUACAAACUGUCAAAGAUUGUCCAACUCCAUUCAUUGCACCUACAUUUCCAAUAUGGGAUGGUCAUGUAAGAUUUGGCUAUUUUUCUAAUGCAACAUCUAUUAAACUCUUUGGACAUGAACCUGACUUCGUAUGUUAUAACAAAGAGCUUUGUCCAUUUCUCAAUCCAACAUUUACACUAGAUAAUCAUACAUGUUCACAUACUAGCCGACUAAAUUUAACAUUAAGUAAUACUGUAUAUGACAUUUUUAGAGCAUGUAAUCAACUCUUUCAAAAUGAUAAUGAGAGUAUCUGCUUACACCCAACUACAGUACGUUGUUUAGGAACAAAUAAAUGUAUACCUACGCGUCGAAUCAUGAAUGGGUUUGCUGAUUGUUAUAAUGCUUUUGAUGAGUCAAUUGCAGCUAACUCCUGUGCGUUGAAUGAUAAACAUCGUUUUCAAUGUACAUCUGAACAGAAAUGUCUCUCACUUCUGCUUGUGAAUGAUGGAAAGGCGCAAUGUAUUGGUAAAGAAGAUGAGGCUUUGUUUAAUGAUAUCGUAAUUACGAUUGAUUAUCUUCCUUUUUCUGCUUUCUGUAACAAUCGGGUUGAUAUAGUACCUAUAGAAAAUGAAACUGAUGAAACUCAUUGUGAACAAUGGCCAUGUGUGAAUCCAUAUACACGUUGUAAUGGAGCAUGGCAGUGUCCAAAAGGAAUUGAUGAAAUUAAUUGUUCAUCGAGUUUUCAAUGUCCUGCAAAUCAUCAUCCUUGUUUAUCUCCACAGAGCCGCAAAAUGGAUUGUUUACAUAUAAAUCGCAUUGAAGAUGGAAAUAUUGAUUGUCUUGGAUCAACAGAUGAACGAUCUCAUUGUAGAUUACAACAACCAGAAAAUGAAUUGAUGCGUUAUCGCUGUUGGAAUGAUACAAAAUGUACUACAGCUCCUCGUGCCUGUCAAGAUUGCGAUAAGUCCAACGAAUUCGAUCAAUCAUGUGAUUGGUUUAAUGACAAAAUUAUAGACAUUAUUAAUUAUGUAAAUCAUAUAGACGAUACUUAUUUCUUAAAGAGACAGCCAUUCUCUCAUAAAUCAUCACGUGGUUUUCCUCCAGUCCAAUUAUCAUUACCGAUUCACAAGCAGAUACAAAAUGGUAUGAUAACAACUGAGAAAAUAUCUGCUAUUAAGCAUAACAAUGAUCCAAGAUUAUGGUUAUGCAAUAAAGGAUUUAUAGUUCUUGUUGGUAAAAAUGAAACAGAACAAUGUCUUUGUCCAGAGAGUUAUUAUGGUGAUCUUUGUCAAUAUCAAAAUCAGCGUGUUAGUCUCACUAUUCGAUUACGUCAAGAAAAUUUAAGAAAUAUAAAUGUAAUUGGUAUUAUUAUUAGACUUGUUGAUCAUACUGGUUUUGUUCAUUCGUAUGACCAAAUUACAUACAAAUCAGUAAUUAGUUGUAAUUCGAAAUACAUGAUGCAUUUUCUUUAUCAAAGUCGUCCGAAAGACAUGAUGAAGAAUUAUACAAUCUAUAUUGAUGCAUAUGAUAAAGUAAAUCUUGCUUAUCUUACAAGUUGGAUUUUUCUAGUAAAAUUUCUUUUCAUGCCUGUUAAUCGUAUGAGUGCUCAAUUGAUAAUUCCAGCACAGCAAGAUUGUCAUUUAUUAUGUAGUGAUAAAUAUCUAAAAUCAUUAGCAAAUGACAAUAUCCAAUCUUGUCGAUGCUCAAAUUGGGUAAAUUCACUUUCUACGAUACAAUACAAAUGUGAUUGUUCAUCAGACUCAAUCUGUGUUGGUCGUAAAGAAAAUCGAUCAAUUUGUCUAUGCCCUUUGAGCAAAACAGGACCUCGAUGUUAUCUUAGUUCAGUCUGUCAAAUGAAUAACACAUGUAUGAAUAAUGGUACUUGCAUACCAUAUGAUUCUCGACAAUCUUUAACUAACUUUACAUGUGUUUGUCCAGAUGGAUUCUCUGGCGAACUUUGUGAAAAGGCAGAUAUAAGAAUAGAUCUGUCGUUUUCUGACGUAGAAGCUCCACAAUCUCUACUUAUUCACUUUAUCAACGUUGUGCCACGCAGUUUUACAAGCGGAAAAACAGAACCUAUUCAAGUAACUAUGUUCAAGAAAAUUCUAUUCAAUGAAAAAACUAUAACUUUACAUAUGUCAUUACCCUUUCAUCUUGUUUUCGUCGAAUUUAAGAAUAUGUAUUAUCUUAUUAUUCUUCAACAUGAUCAUACACCUUCAGUUAUUUUUUCUACACAAAUCUCUCAAUCACAACGUUGUCGACACAUAAAAGAAGUAUUAGAUGAAGUCAAAGUUGGUUAUCCACAUCUUCGUCGUGUAAAAUACUACCACGAUAUAUGUCAAAAUCAUUCUGAUCUUACUUGUUUUCAUGAUAAUUAUACAUUUAUGUGUUUAUGUACAGAACAAAAACAAGCGAGUUGUUUUCAUUUUAAUUUUACUAUGACUUACGAUUGUAAAGGUCAAAAUGAUUGUCAAAAUGAUGGACGAUGUUUUCAAGACGAUCCACAUUGUCCAAAACAAAAAAUGUGUGUUUGUCAAGAAUGUUUUUAUGGUGAUAAAUGUCAACGCACUACAAAGCAUUCUGGUCUUUCACUUGAUUCUAUUUUAAGUUAUCAUAUUAAUCCACAUCUAUCAUUAAUUCAACAGUCUUCACCUGUUCAAAUUAGUAUAACUUUAGCAACACUAAUAUUGAUUACUGGUCUCAUUAGUGGAAUUCUAUCGAAUCUGACAUUUCAAGUCAAAGUAACUCGAAAAACAGGUUGUGGUUUUUAUCUUUUGACUUCGUCAAUUACAUCGAUUCUAGUCGUCAUUUGUUUCUAUAUUAAAUUAUGGAUACUUGUUCUUUCUCAAAUGAAAGCUAUAACUCAGCAAUCUUUUCUCCUGUUCAAUUGUACUUCAAUUGAAUUUAUUCUUCGAUUUUUAUUAGCUACGACUGAUUGGUUACAUGCCUUUGUGACAAUUGAACGAUUUUUUGUUGUUUUUCUUGGUAUUCGUUUUAAUAAGGCAAAUAGUCGACGAUUAGCUAAAAUAAUUAUAUUUCUCAUUAUUGUAUUAACUGCUGCAUCUCUUAUUCAUGAUCCAGUUCAUCGUCGUCUAAUCGAUGAUAUUGAAGAGCAAAGAACAUGGUGUUUGGUUGAAUUCACAUCUAAAGUGGAAACUUAUAACAGAUUUAUCAAUAUAUUCCAUUUUAUUAUUCCUUUUGCAGUAAAUGUUAUCUUAGUCAUUGGUAUUAUCAUUAUUACUGCAAGACAACGUUCAUCCGCACAAAGAAACGUUACCUUUCAACAACAAUUAAAACGCCAGUUUGGUCAGCAUAAACAUCUUAUCCUUAGUUCAAUUUUAUUAAUUAUCUUGGCAUUACCUCGUCUGAUCACUUCUUUUCUACCUAAUUGUAUGAAAACACCAAAAGAAUAUAAAUUAUUCUUGGCCAGUUAUUUCAUAUCGUUUAUUCCGCCUAUACUUCAUUUUUUCAUUUUUGUAUUAACAUCGAAAAUAUACAAAAAAGAAUUUACUGCAAUGUUCAAACAAAAAUGGGAAAGAUUUCAACGCUGGUUUAUUCCAACUCGUCUGUUACGCAGAGAACAUUGA